UCUGAGGAAUGGGAAAAUUUUUUCAAUGGUUUGCGAAAAGAAUUUGAACAAGCCGUUAUACGCGAAGCAAAAUUUAUGCUCGCAAAUUGUUAUAUGCAAGAAAUUGGUACUUCUUUCGAUCCCGAACUAGGUUUCAGAUACUUCAAAGAAGCUUCUGAUCGAGGACAUUUAGACUCAAAAUGUCGUCUUGGUUAUUGUUAUAUGACUGGUGUUGGCAUAACGGAGGACAAAUUAAAAGCAUUCAAGUUUUGGUAUGAUGCAGCUAUGCUAGGAUCAAGUAUCGCGCAGAAUGAUCUGGCGUAUUGUUAUUGUUUCGGCGAGGCAGCUGAAAAAGAUUUACAUCAGACUAUCCGAUGGCUUCGUAAAGCUAUUAAUAGUAACGAUGGAGAAUCAAUGGAGACUUUGAAAAAUGUGUUUAAAA